AUGUUUUGAAUAGAAAUUUGAAGUUCUUCUGAUAUUCAUUACAAGGGUGUAGGAAAGCAUAUAUUAUGAGUAAAACAUUUAUGUAAUAUUAAACAAUGAAGUAAAGUACAACAUGGAACUUAAAGUGUGGGUUGAAGGAAUACAAAGGGUUGUAUGUGGAGUAACAGAGAACACCACUUGUCAAGAUGUUGUUUUUGCCCUUGCUCAUGCUACUGGCCAAACAGGAAGAUUCACUCUAGUUGAAAAAUGGAGAAAUAGUGAAAGACUUCUUGCCCCUCAGGAUAAUCCUUUAAAGGUUCUCCUGAAAUGGGGAGAACAUGCCAAUGAUGUUCAGUUUAUUCUUCGUCGUUCACAACCUAGUUCUAAGGCUCAUGGUGCUCCAGUAAGUCACAGCCACCAAAACAAUAAACGACAGCAUGAAUUUUUUCAGAAUUUUCCUCCACCUUCAGCUAAUCUUCCAGUUCAAAAUCAGAAAUCAUCAUCAGCACAGAAUAAGGAAAUAAAGAAAUCCCUGACUUUCAGUGGCAGCCAUGGUAGCAGUGGAAGUAGCUCAAAUACCACCCCAAACACAAGUAGCACAAGUACUCCAUCAAAGUUUGACUCAGUAUCACAUGACUUGCAUUCUCAUGAUAUUCUGUCACGACAGGAUGUGCCAAGAGGUGUUGUUCGUGGUGUUCCCCAAAAACCAAGAGAACAAUUCAGUGAUUCUGAUUCACAUAGUUCUCCAAGUGGACCAAAAGCAGAAAGACCUCAACAUCCACCACCUUAUGAUGAAGCAAUUCAUCGAUCAAAUGUUCGUUUUCCCACUAGUCAAUUUUCACCAACAGGUCUUGACUCUUAUCCCCAUGUUAGUGAAUCUCCUUCUAGCAAGCGACGUCAUGUUGCCACCAACAGGAUUGAAGAAAAUGCAAGAAAUGCCCAAAGGUGUCUGUCGCCCCAUCAACAGAUUGAGGCAUCUAAAUUUAAAAAAGAUGACAGCAUGUCAUGUGAUAUGGCAAACUCCAAAGAACCUCAGGAUUCUAGAUGGGAUGGCAGAAUCAGCAAGGAAGGUCAACCUGUGGCUUCUGUUAGAGCCUUUUCUCCAACUCAAGAAAAGCCUCAACAGGCCAAUAAACAUUAUGAAGAAAUAUCUGCAUCAAGAGUAAAAAAGAACCUGAUAAACCAUUUUGACCAAACUGAUAGUUUCACUUCUGAUGCCGAAAGUCAGCUGAACAAGACAGCUUUAUUUGAAAGGACUAGUCAGACUAUAAAAACGAGAAAAGCAGUUGGGAUUCAGGAAGAAAUCUCUCAUGAUCCUCAGUUUCAUGAUUUAGUGAGACUGGUCAGCCUUCAAAGAGAGAAACUUAGCAACCAGCAGGCAGAAAUAAACCAAUAUGAUGCAGAAAUAGUAUACUGGGAGGGGAAGCUGCAAGAACAGGAGGAACGUUUGGCUUCUCUUGAGGAAGAAGUUCGCCAAUUAGAAAGGACAGAACAGGAGUAUAAUGAAGAACUAGACCAGUUAGAUCGGCGCCCUCUUGCAGAAGAGGUUGAUGUUUGCCGUCAGGAGGAGCGUACUCUCCGUUCAGAGCUCACACUAGCUCGUUCUCAGUUGGCAAAUUGUGAAACUGAGCUUUUACAAUGUCGGCAACGUGUUCGGCAAGUUCUAGAGGAAAUUGCUAAUGAGCGACGCAGGAGAAUGUUGCUUGAGGAACAAGUCAAGCAACAACAAAAAGAACAAGAACAGCAGAUUCAGGAAGAGCUUGAAAUUUUGAAUCAAAAAAUGAUGAGUCAAAUGGAAGAGUAUGAUAUACAGAAAGAGUGUACAGAAAAACUUGAAAAGAAGAUGAAUGAAAUGGACACUUUGCUUUCAGAAAGUGAAAAAUUGAUUGAAAAACUUACCCAGGAACUGCGAGAGGAAAACUUGAAAUCCCUUUCAAUGAUAGCAGCUGAUGAGAUGAAACAUUUUAUGGAAGGUAACUUUCAUAACAGGCCAGGAAGCACUCGAAAAAUUAUUGGCUCUCCAAGACAGUUAGAGAAUGCUGUUCCAACUAAUAAAAACCCACAUGGUGUGUGGGUGUGAUUUUCAUGUGAAGUAUUGGAUGAAAUACUGGAAGUUGAUCAAACCAAGCAGUCAAAUGAGGUAGAAAAAGGUUUAUCUGGGUUGCACUAAAAAUUCAUUGUAUUUGCAGUGUCCAUAUAAUAUUUACCAACAAUGUUUUUGUUUUUCUUUCAAAGUGCAAUAAUAGGAAAGAUUAAAGUGUCUUGGAUUUGUGUAUACAGGUAAUACCUUUGUGCAGAUAUGUGUUAAGCAACACAUAGCUUGUGAUAGGAAUGAUUUAUAUAUAGAAUCCUAGGUAAUGUAAUUUAACUCCAGUUAUGUUGAAACUUGUCUAAACAGUUGAAAACGUUUGUUGCAUGCAUUGAACCUAUUGAUAGUUGAAAAAGAUUAGCUGAUAUUGUUCAUUUUUGUAGUAUUUAACUACAGCUCUCUAAAUCUAAUCUGAAUUUAUACAAAGUAUUUUUACUCUGAAUAACCUUGUUUUUCACGAAGUGUUGUUUGAUUUGAGGGUGUUUGAAUUGCAUUUUCGGUGUAAACGUGUGCAUUGUUUUCUAGAAAACUGUGCUGCAGUACAGUGUCAUUGAAACUAACUUCUAGUUAGGAUAUAUUUAGGAAAAAAUUUAUGAAUAAGUCUCCGAUUAUUUUUUCUUGAUUUGUUGUAAAUCUAUAUAUUUUUUUUGUAACCAACCAUCUUAUCAUUUAUGUUUUGCUGACAUCAAAAUAUAGGAACUUAUUAUUUGAAAAUAUUUCACUUUAACAAAAUCUGUGUUUUUGCUCUCUGUUGAAGUAAUUUUUUCAUUAUUAUUAUUAUUAAGAAUGUAUUUAAUGAUGCCAUAUAUAAUUUAGUUUUAAGAUUACAGAUGUAAUAGUAAUUUUAAGUAUUAAUAUGUUGGUCUGUAGACUUGCGAACGUGAAGGUGGUUAUUAAAAUUGUGAGUGAAAUAAAUAUGUAGAAGGAUACAAUUCAGUCUCGUAUGUUAAUAUAUGUAGUUAAGGUUAUUUAGACACUACAAGUGUAUUUCUGAUCAUUAUGUUUCAUAAAUUGUUAGUUUGCAGAAACAAAAAUACCAAGUGGACGUUCUCAUAUAGUGUGUAUAACUGUAGGUAUAUGUAAUUCAUGUUGCAAAUCAAACCUAUAUAUUAGCAUGACUUUGAACAAAAAAUAGGUGUACAUUACACUGAUGUUAUAGGAAAAUCCAAGUAUUAGAUGAUUGCUUAUAGAUUUGAUGAAUUAGAAUUUUGGUAAGUCACAGCUAAGAUACUUUAUGCUUUGUUAAAUAUCAAGCUGUAGUUGCUUCUGUGUCAUUAUAGUGUCUUUCUUUACACAUUAACAGUAGGUGGCGCUAGUCACAAGCAGUAAACCAUUUGAGGCUAGAGUUUUGCUUGAAGAAGCCAUGAGUAAGAAUAGUAAUCUUAUAUUUUUAGUUUUUCUUUAUGUAUCUUAUGUGUUAUUGCUGAACUGUAAAGAACAAGUUCUAUUAUUAUUGUAUUAUUAUAUUUGUUAUAUCAACCAGAAUUAAACUUCCUUUUUUUUUAGCAACGAAAAAAGGGAAUUGAUAAUAAGAUUCCAGUUUAUACUCGUCGGAACAAUACUCUGAGAUGUAAGGGUAGAAUUACAAAGUGAUUGUAAUGUAACUGAAAUAUAAAAAAUGUAUCAAAAAUAAUCCAUUUUGCCGAUAGUGUAUGGAUAAUCAAUAUUAAAGGUUUCAGUUAUUAUUUAUAACUUUCAGAUUUCUUAUGUGUACUUUCCAUUAACAUACUGUAUUGAUACUACAUCAAUAAAUUUAAAUAGUAUAAAAA